UUAGAGAAACAGCAAUGGAGUCUUCAGCUCAGGUUCUGGAAAUCAACUUAAUCUCAGCACAAGGACUUAAGCGUCAUACCAAAAACUACGCCAUUGCUUGGGUUGAUCCAUCGACGAAGCUUCGGACUCGGAUCGAUCGUACCGGCGGCGAAAAUCCGACUUGGAACGAUAAAUUUCUCUUCAAAGUCUCACAGGAUUUCCUUUCCGGUGAAACCUCAGCCGUUUCCGUCGCGAUUUACGCCGCCGGAAUCAUUCGAGACAAACUCAUAGGCACCGUUCGCAUUCUCAUUAGCACUUUCCUCCAUACUUCUCCUUCAUCUCCGAUUACAUCGCCGGCUUUCGCAGCGUUCUUGAUCCGCAGCCCUUCCGGCGAAUUCUUCGGAACCUUAAACGUCGGCGCAACGGUUCUUAACGCAUUUACAGGCUUUCAAGCGUUGAAUAAAGCCUCCGCCAUAGGUUAUCACGAACUUGCCGGAGAGAAUCUCGCCGGAAAAUACCGAUCGGCGAACAAAUCAAAGGCAACAGUUCGUGAUGUACCUGAAUCGAUCCCUAGUGAUUCACCAGUUCAUCAAUCGGAAACUAGCGAUUCCUUAGUGGACCAAUCCUUUACAGAUGUGAGCUUGAAACAGAAAGUUCGAAAGAACAAGAAGAAAUUUUGGAUCAAUCUCAGGCAACUACAUGCAAUCUGUAUAAGUCCCCAAAUUUGAUCCAUCUUUUUUCUAUUUUAUAUAUUUAAGCUUUUUUAUUUGCUUUGCAAUUUCAUUUUGCAAGAAAAUAUUGUCUUUGCACAUUCAAAAUAAUGUUCUUUUUCAUCAAAA